AGUUGGGAAGCAGGCACCAGGCACAGACUUUUAAUGCACUUCUUGUGCAGCAUACAAGCUCCAGCUGUCUCUCCUUACAGCUGCAGAAAGGUCUAGCGAGACUGAAAGGGAGAGUGAAAUAGUAGGAAGGGAUGAGAAAGACAGGCCACUGCUUGGUAACUAUUUAAACCAGAAAUUGGGAGGACUUUGUUAGAUUAAUAUAUGCUAUUUUAUUUGUUAUAACUAUUUACACCAGAAAUCCUAUAUCCGUAGGGAUAAGCUUUUAUUUAUACAUUUUAUUUUGCAUUGGCUUUUUCCACAUUUGGGAGAAAUCAUGCGAUUUCAGUGGAAUAUUUUGGCUUGGGUGAAUUCUGUACUGCUUGGGCUGGUUCUUUGGAGCUCUGCAGAAGAAUAUGACUAUUACAGCUGGCAGUCAGACAACUUCCAGAACGGACGGUUCUACACUAAACAGAGCCAAUGCAUAGACAUCCCUUCGGAUCUCCAUCUCUGCCAUAACGUUGGGUAUAAAAAGAUGCGGCUGCCUAAUUUGCUGGACCACGAGACCAUGCCUGAGGUGAAACAGCAAGCCAGCAGCUGGGUGCCUCUGCUGGCCAAGCGAUGUCAUCGAGAUACUCAGCUCUUCCUCUGCUCCCUUUUUGCUCCAAUUUGCUUGGAAAGACCCAUUUACCCAUGCCGGUCCCUAUGCGAGGUAGUGCGUGACAGCUGUGCCCCAGUUAUGGAAUCCUACGGUUUCCCUUGGCCUGAGAUGUUGAACUGUAAUAAAUUCCCUCUUGAUAAUGAUCUGUGCAUCACUGUGCAGUUUGGCAGCAAACAAGUCACCCAGCCGCCAGUGACCAAGAUCUGCACUCAGUGUGAGAUAGAGCAGAAGUCUGAAACAAUGAGGGUGCAACUUUGUGCAAGUGACUUUGUGCUACGGAUGCGUAUUAAAGAAGUUAAGAUCGAGAACGGAGACCGUAAGCUCAUCGCCGCGCAGAAAAAGAAAAAGGUCCUUAAAGCAGGGAAGCUAAAGAGGAAAGAAUUCCGCAAGCUGGUUCUGUAUAUUAAGAAUGCUGCAAGUUGUCCAUGUCCACAGCUUGAUAACCUAAGUGGUAGCUUCCUUAUCAUGGGUCGUAAAGUGGACAAUAAACUUAUUCUGACGGCCAUCUACAAGUGGGACAAGAAAAGCAAAGAUAUGAAGUAUGCAGUGAAUUUUAUGUACUCCUAUCCAUGCUCUGACACUAUUUCCCAUGGCACUGGAUCACACUUGGGUUCCUUCCGUUAAGACUGUCAUCUGUAGACUUUAAGUGCCACCAUCGCCCAGCCUUACCAAAUGGAUUUUAUAUUAUAGUAAUAGCAAUAACUUAGCAUACUCACUUGCAUUGAAAAACCUCUUGUGAAGAUGGUGUUAACAUUUUAAAAAAAAAGCAAUACUAGGGUAUGUUGUAGUAUGUUGAGUGAUAAAAAUGAAAGGGUGAAGAAUGUGAUGUAUGUAAGGGGAAAAGACACGGAAUGAGAUUUUCCAUUGAGUUUGGUAUAAACAUGGACUGGGUAUGGUUUAAGAAGGACACUACAACAAUAGCUUUGGAAGACUGGAUUGCCGAGAGCCGUAGUCUAUCAUUCCUCUAGAAGAAACACAUUAUUAUUGAGACUUAAAUCACUGCUGGUAGUAACAUGAACAAUGUUUUCUGAAGGACUGAUGAAUCGUGACUAGGCCGCCCCACAUUGUCAUAACUUAUCCUUCUGAAGGAUGUCAAGUUAGCAUGCCUUGAAAUUUCAUCUUUAUAUAUAGGUGCUUGCUACAUCUGUAAACAACAUUAUAUCUCAUCAUUCAUAGCCAUCACAUGUUUUUUUUUUUUUUCUGUCAGAUUUUAUUUAUAGGAAAUAUUCCGUGUUAACGUUGAAGAAAAUACAUAAAAUUGAUUCACAAGUCACGAAAAGAGUUGACCUGUGUGCCCGAGAGAGAAACCGGUUUGCUCAGUGUUGAUAUUUUUUUUUCUAAUUUAAAAUGAAAGAAGCUGAAAAGAAAAACCAGGCUAUAUAAAUCUAUAUAAAAGAAAGUUUUUCUCAAUGUCAUUUAACAAAGAAGUAAAGAUGUUCACAAGCUGGCAGCACUGCUUGAAUGAAAUGUUCCUAAUUAUAUCUGUGCAUCUUUAUCCACGGGCAUAAUAGAAACACCACUGUAAUACUUGCUUAAUCCCUGAGCCCAGAUUGAUCACACUAAUUUAGUGGAGCUGAUUUAUUCUGUACCACUCUGUUAAUGCAUAUGGGGUUGUUACAGUGAUGAGCCAGUACUAUGUGCUAGGUCACUUACUGCUGGAUGUUGUUAGGUAUGCUUCUCUGCUUCUGUAUAGUGGUCUAGACCCCAUGAAACAACACAAAAACAACACAAAAACAACACAAAAAGAGCAGGUCAUAUUGUUUUGCAUGUAGCAUCCACCUUACAUGAGCAUUGACCUGCAGAGAGCAAAGGGACUUAUUUAUGUGUGCCGUCCACCGAAAUGUAUUACAUGGAAAUAGCUACAUAAAUUAUUGAGCAUCAGGCCAUUGGGCAAUUGAUUAAAAAAAUUAAUGGAGAAGGAAAGCUAUUAAGCAGUUUCUUGCCAAUAGAUUAGCCACAAUAGUGCAAGCUAGAACGCUAUAUUUAUUCUGUAGAAUGCUUUACCAUAUCCGAGUAGACAGCUCUAGAAGCUCUCUCUGUUUGUUUAGGAUAGCAGUUGCCAUAUUAGCUUGUGACAUAACUUCCUGCUUGAGUCUCUGUCUGCUCGUUCAUAGCUCUGGGCUUAGAUUACAGCAGGGAGGUGAGAAGGGAGGCCUAGAGGAAGAGAGCAGCAAACUGAGCAUGCUCAAGCCCAAGCCCUGGAGGUUCAAGCUGAAAGAAGGAAGUCUGAUACAGAAGCCCAUGUGUAUCAAAUAAAAGAAAAGAAAUGUGGUGUUUAUUUUGAUAGAGGACCCUGAGCAGCAUUCAUUUGAGGGGAUACUGGUGUAUUUAUAUAGACCUUUCUAAUAAAGCUUACUUAACCUUU